AUGUUUCAGAUCGUCGUCCCUCCAUUGCCGUCGAAAUCGUUGAAAAGACAACUACCGUUCCGUUCUGAUGAUGGUAUUUUCGAAGAGGAAUUUAUAGAAAAUCGCCGGAAGGGUCUUGAAGUAUUCAUCAACAAGGUAGCCGGACAUCCUCUAGCGCAGAAUGAGCGUUCUCUGCAUAUCUUCCUACAAGAGCCAAUGAUUGACAGAAAUUACGUGCCCGGAAAGAUUAGACCAACAUGA